AUACAUUCAUCCGGAGUUGCGGGUGCCGCCGACCGCUCCUUUUGCUCGGUACACGGUUGAGGAUCUUCUCGCUCAACCAGGCCGAGCCGGUUUACCGGUUUUAGACCCCGACCGACCAGAGGGGACUCUGUGGUUUGGGGUCGACAAUUCUGUCGCUACGAGCGUAUCCGAUAUCAUCAAAGGAUACUUCUCAGAGGCUCACCCAAACUGGAAAAAGACGCCGCACCACGUUAGAAACACGUGGUUCAAGAUGUUUGCUCAAAGAUACCAGUGGUCCAUCGGGGUUCACGAGGACGUGAAACGGGAGUUCACCGCAAAGGCGAAGAAGCGGUUGUUGGACACCGUAGGCAACUGGAAGGAGGACUGGAUCUACAAGGGUUACAAGGACGGGCAACCCGCUGAGCUGACCAAGGAUGUCUACGAUGGUCUCAUCCGUUACUGGGAGCUGCCAUCAUCCAUUGCGAUCUCCAACGCCUGCUCUGCCUCUCGUAACACCAAAGACGAGCACGGCAACGGCCCGAUGCUUCACUGUACGGGUCAAAAACCCCAUGCCCGUGUCCGCUUGGAAAUGGCCAAAGAGACGGGACAACUCCCGUCUCUUAAAGAGCUUUACGAGAGGACCCACAAGACCAAGGCGGGGGUAUUUGUGGAUCCGAGGUCCGAGCAAAUCUACAACGAUGUCGUUGCUCGGAUUGAAGACCGCCAAACCCAGCUGACCCAGCAAUCUUCCGAUGGAAUACCGGUCGUAUUAUCCACUCAAGAAGUGGAUCAGAUUUACGAGGAGGUCGUCCCUAAGAAAAAGGGACGUACGUUGGGAAUCGGUUCCGUCAACGAUGUCCCAAGAGCGACAUCGUCUUAUGGUCAGAGACGAGCCGACGAAGUCACUGAGCUGCGUUCGGAGUUACACUCGACGCGGACUCAGUUGGCGUCGACGCAGACGGAGUUGGAGUCUACGCGCCAAUCAUUCCAAGCUCGUAUGGGUGGAGUGGAGGGGUUUCUGGAAGUUAUAUCUUCUGGAAAUCCCCAAUGGGAGGAGUUGUUGGCGGAUAUGCGACGACGGAACCCGGUUCCCGAGCCUUCUCGUACUCAGCAGCAAGAGGAGGAACUACAGAGGAGGAGUGAAGACCUCUACCGGGAAACGAUCCACCGCCCCGGCCCGACUUAGUUUUUUUUUUUCUGUGUAAUAUUAAAAUUCUAAACUUUUAUUUAUAUAAUAUUUUCGGUUUUAAUUUAUUCCAAAUUUUUAAUAUUUUCGCAUUAGUUAUUAUUUAUAUUUCUAAUAUUUUUGAAAUAAUUAUUUUCUAUAAUAUAAAAUUUUAAAUUUUAAAAAUAAAUUAGUUUUAGAAAUCGAAGCAAAUUCCUCGUUAACUCACGAGGAAUUGACGAGUAAAUCGACGUGUAAAGAACGACGAAACGUUACGACGAAUCUACGUGUCAAGUUGUACGUUUCCUUUACGACGAAAGUUUACGUCUACAUUACGUGUAUUAUUUACGUUUACUUUACGAGUAUAAAUUACGUUUUUCUUACGAGGAUAGUUUACGUGUAUGUUACGAGGAAAAUUACGUGUCUUUUACGUGGAACUAUAGCGUCUACUUUACGUGGAAAUCUACGUGUUCUUUACGACGAAAUUUUAACCUUCCUUUUACGACGAAAUGGGUCCCUCGUACUUUUACGACGAAAUGGCGAUUAAAUAUCCGUUACGACCAAACUUUAACGACGAUAUG